UGUGCGUAUACGGGGGAACAUCUACUUAGCAUAAUCAUCUCGCUGAUGAGUCGAUUCGUAAGGUGCUGACUCCUGCCUCUCGCAGAUGAGAUCAAGAUGGCCGCUAACAGACGUAGGAAAACCAUGGUGGUGAUGAGAGGGCUUGUCUUGCUGAUGCUGUGUGUUGGUUUCUGUGUCUGCGAGGAAGAGGUCACAGAUGUAGAAGACCCCCCGCAGCAGGAACAAGACGAAGGGAAGAUUGAAGGCACUGCUGUACCCGACGACCAGAGGAGCGAGGCCGUCGAACCGCAACAACCCGACGACAAACAGACGAGCGAUGCCGACGAGCAACAGCAACCCGACGACGACCAGACGAGCGAUGCCGACGAGCAUCAACAACCCGAAGACGACCAGACGAGCGAUGCCGACGAGCAACAACAACCCGAAGACGACCAGACGAGCGAUGCCGACGAGCAACAACAACCCGAAGACGACACGAGCGACGCCGAGCCUGCUUCGGAAGCUGACGGCCAGUGGGGAAACUUCGCAGUAACAGAUGCACCGGAGGAGGAGACACCAGUGGAUGAGGAAAGCCAGGCUGAUGUUAAAGAUCAAAGCGAGGCUCCAGAAGACGUCAUCCCUUCAACUGAGACGCCCGAGGUUGAAACAGAGUCAGCGACAUCUGUCUCUUCGCAGAAGCCUAAGCCAGACUCCAGUGAGCAGCCAGACGAGAGGGGGGAUUUCAUGGUGCCUAGCGAUGGCAGCUCUCCUAUCUGCUUGAGGGCGUGCUUCACUGCCUCUUUUGUGAUCGACUAUGUUGGCCUUGAUGAAGACAAAAAGGUCGUUAACCGGUCCACGGAGAUACCAGUUCCUAAGAAGGCAAACGUCGGUGGUCAAUGCGGUCUUAGAGAUGACCAGUCCUUCCUGACGCUACAGUGGGAUGAAGGACGGUACACACUGAAGAUAACUUUUCAAAAGAAAAAUGCAACAAAGAAGGGAAACCCAAACUUCUGGGAGGCCAGGAUGAUCAAGUUCACCUUUGACACCGGAGACACCCAGUACUUUGACUCAGCUAUCAACGCCGGAUCGAGGGUAGUGCACUCUGACCCGUCCAUGAGAUUCUUCGUCACGCCCAUAGGCAACUCACGAGUGUGCGAUAGUGAGGAUGACAUCAUCAUGACGUCAGCAGGCAACACAACAGAGACGGUUACCAUGGAAAUAAGUGAACUACAAAUGCAACCAUUUGGCAUGGUGAAUGGUACAUUUGGUGAAGAAUCUGAUUGCGGGAAAGAUUUGAUUGCAAACCCGAGCACCAAUGUGGCCUCCAUUGCUGUAGGAGCAACGCUAGCCUGCCUCAUCUUAGUGGUCAUUAUUGUGUACGCAGUAGGCAGAAAGAUGGGCGCCAUCAACGACAGGUCUGGCUAUAAAUCAGUCGAGUAGUUCGAUAACCUUUGGCCUUUGACCUUUGUCUUACCCCACACAAAGCCCGAUUUUAUUUAUUUAUUAACUUAUUUAUUCAUUACUAUUAAUGUUGUGUAUCGAUUUAUUAA